AUGGAUCCAUCGAACAAUUCUCUACCCCCUCCUUUCCACACGAGAAAUUUCAACUUACAACAUCAUAACAACCACCACCACCACCAACAACAACAACUUCAGUUCCAACAUAGCUCGGAAGACGAGCAAAGUGGAACAAGUGGCCUAAACAUGUCCGGGCAAAAGAGAGAUCGCGAAGAGAACAACAACAACAACAACAACAACAACAACAACAACAACAACGACAACUACAAUGAUUCAAAUGUUGAUGAAUCAACGGAUGAAUUAGGCGUUAACGGAAGCCAUAGAGAUGGAGAGUUUAAUAGAAGGCCUAGAGGUAGACCUGCUGGAUCCAAAAAUAAGCCAAAAGCACCUAUCAUCAUCACUAGAGAUAGUGCAAAUGCCCUUAGAACUCAUGUUAUGGAAAUUGCUGAUGGUUGUGAUAUUAUGGAAAGUGUUUCAAAUUUUUCAAGAAGACGUCAAAGAGGAGUUUGUAUCAUGAGUGGAACAGGAAAUGUUACAAAUGUAAACUUAAGACAACCAGCUUCACCAGGUGCGAUUGCAACCCUACAUGGACGUUUUGAGAUAUUAUCGUUAGCAGGAUCAUUUCUCCCACCACCAGCUCCGCCAGCUGCUUCAGGGUUGACUAUAUAUUUAGCUGGCGGACAAGGUCAGGUGGUGGGAGGUUGUGUGGUAGGGUCCCUUAUGGCAUCUGGUCCGGUUGUUAUUAUGGCGGCUUCGUUUAGCAAUGCAGCUUAUGAAAGACUUCCUUUAGAUGAGGAUGAUUCGAACCAACUUCCGGUUCAAGGAGGUUCACUAGGUUCUCCUGGAGCGACAAUCGCUCCAGGAGGACAACAACAACAACAAUUAUUAGCUGACCCUUCACUAUUUCAUGGAAUGCCACCAAAUCUUCUCAAUAAUGUUCAAUUACCUUCUGAGGCAUAUUGGGCAACGGGUCGACCUCCAUUCUAA